GAUAGCUGAUCAGCUUCCCUGGAUUUCGCUGACGCCACAGGAAAGCUUUGCCUGAAGAUGGAAACACUGGAGUCAGAACUGACCUGCCCUAUCUGUCUGGAGCUGUUUGAAGACCCGCUGCUGCUGCCUUGCGCUCACAGCCUCUGCUUCAACUGCGCGCACCGCAUCCUGGUCUCCCACUGCGCCACCAACGAGCCGGUGGAGUCUAUCACCGCCUUCCAGUGCCCAACCUGCCGCUAUGUCAUCACCCUCAGCCAGCGCGGUCUAGACGGGCUCAAGCGCAACGUCACCCUGCAGAACAUCAUCGACAGAUUUCAGAAAGCCUCGGUCAGCGGGCCCAAUUCCCCCAGUGAGACCCGCCGGGAGCGGGCGUUUGAUAGCAACAGCAUGUCGACCUGUGAGAAGGUCCUCUGCCAGUUCUGUGACCAGGACCCUGCCCAGGAGGCGGUGAAAACCUGCGUUACCUGCGAGGUGUCCUACUGCGAGGAGUGCCUGAAAGCCACUCACCCCAACAAGAAGCCAUUCACCGGUCACCGUCUCAUCGAGCCCAUCCCAGACUCUCACAUCAGGGGAUUAAUGUGCUUGGAGCAUGAGGAUGAGAAAGUUAACAUGUACUGCGUGACCGAUGACCAGUUAAUCUGUGCCUUGUGUAAACUGGUCGGGCGACACCGUGACCAUCAGGUGGCAGCUUUAAGUGACCGCUAUGACAAGCUAAAGCAAAAUUUGGAGAGUAACCUCACCAACCUUAUUAAGAGGAAUACCGAACUGGAAACUCUUUUGGCAAAACUCAUUCAGACCUGUCAACAUGUAGAAGUAAAUGCAUCCCGCCAAGAAACCAAGCUGAUGGAAGAAUGUGACCAGCUCAUUGAAAUAAUACAGCAAAGACGACAAAUAAUUGGAACCAAAAUCAAGGAAGGAAAGGUGGUGAGGUUGAGAAAACUGGCCCAGCAGAUUGCGAACUGCAAACAGUGCAUUGAGCGCUCGACAUCCCUCAUCUCUCAGGCUGAACAGUCACUGAAGGAGAAUGACCAUGCUCGCUUCCUGCAGACUGCUAAAAAUAUCACUGAAAGGGUUUCCAUGGCAACUGCAUCCUCCCAGGUUCUAAUUCCUGAAAUUAAUCUCAAUGAUACUUUCGAUACCUUCGCACUUGACUUUACCAGGGAGAAGAAAUUGCUGGAAUGCCUUGAUUAUCUUACAGCUCCCAACCCACCCACCAUUCGAGAAGAGCUCUGUACAGCUUCUUAUGAUACCAUUACUGUCCACUGGACAUCAGAUGAUGAGUUCAGCGUGGUCUCUUAUGAGCUGCAGUACACCAUCUUCACUGGACAAGCUAAUGUUGUUAGUUUAUGCAACUCAGCCGACAGCUGGAUGAUUGUUCCCAAUAUCAAACAAAACCACUACACCGUGCAUGGGUUACAGAGUGGCACUAAGUACAUCUUCAUUGUUAAGGCCAUUAAUCAGGCAGGCAGCAGAAGCAGCGAGCCUGGCAAGCUCAAGACAAACAGUCAGCCAUUUAAACUGGACCCCAAAUCGGCUCACAGAAAACUGAAAGUGUCUCAUGAUAAUUUGACAGUGGAGCGUGAUGAAACAUCCUCCAAGAAGAGUCACACACCAGAGCGAUUCACGAGCCAAGGGAGCUAUGGAGUAGCUGGCAAUGUGUUCAUUGACAGUGGGCGGCAUUACUGGGAAGUGGUUAUAAGUGGGAGUACCUGGUAUGCCAUUGGUAUUUCGUACAAGUCAGCACCGAAGCACGAGUGGAUUGGGAAGAAUUCUGCCUCCUGGGUGCUUUGCCGCUGCAAUAACACAUGGGUGGUGCGGCACAACAGCAAAGAAAUCCCCAUCGAGCCCGCGCCUCACCUCCGGCGGGUUGGGAUUUUGCUGGACUAUGACAAUGGUUCCCUUGCUUUUUACGAUGCUUUGAACUCCCUACACCUUUACACUUUUGAUAUUACAUUUGGGCAGCCAGUGUGCCCCACAUUUACUGUGUGGAACAAAUGUUUGACCAUUAUAACUGGCUUGCCUAUCCCUGACCACCUAGACUCCUCUGAGCAGCUUGCAUGACUGCUAAAAGCCAAAAGAUAGGACAACGUAUCUUCCCAUAGCAGCCAGGCAGCUGCAGGAGCUUGCCUGGAGCUGGCAGACCACAAUGACAUCCCGAUGUCACUGCCAGAUCAGGCCAGAACUGGAAAAGGAAGAAUAUCUUUACUGUGUACUUUGUAUGGAAGGACAAGAAGUGGCUUUAAUAUCUUAGAACUUUCUUUUGCAGUUGGUUUUGUUUGGUUUGUUUUGUAUUUAGUCUCUU